AUGGUGGCCGCGCGCAUGGGGCGAAACGAUGUCGCGCGAGCGGUCAUUUAUGAAUCUGAUAUAGAUGACAUCGAUUAUGAUGGCUGGACAGCGCUAUUGAAUGCGGCACAUGAGGGUCAUUUUGAAGUGGCUGAGACCCUUAUUAAUGCUGGAGCUGCUGUGGACUAUCCUGAUUUGGUAGUUUUAUUGUUAUUAUUUAUUACUUUUAUUGUUUAUUAUUGUUGUUGUUAUUUAUUAUUGUUGUUAUUUAUCAUUAUUAUUGUUGUUUUUGGGAAGAUAGUCAAUUUGAGAGAAUACAAAGCGAAUGUAGAAUCAAUUAUGAAACAGUAA